AUGAGCCUUCCUAUAUACAUCUAUUUCGGACGUGUGAGAGAAUUCGUCCUAUACACUGUAAGAAGCUGCGAUGUAAACCUAAGAAAUUGUCGAUAUAUGAUAGUCCGUAUGGAUAAUCAAGAUGAAAGUUUGUUGCUCUCGGGUGUCUUUAUGGGCUACGCCUCUGGAAGAAACUUAAAUUCAUCUGGUCUGGUCGAGAGCCCGACUUCAUUUGCUUACCCACCCAUUAAUGGAAUUUUCCGCGAAGAGAAUAAUGGAGAACUUACCCUCGUCGAGAAUCCGACAUCAUUUGCUUACCCACCCAUUAAUGAAAUUUUUCGCGAAGAGAAUAAUGGAGAACUUACCCUCGUCGAGAGUCCGACAUCAUUUGAUUACCCACCCAUUAAUGGAAUUUUCCGCGAAGAGAAUAAUGGAGAACUUACCCUCGUCGAGAAUCCGACAUCAUUUGCUUACCCACCCAUUAAUGAAAUUUUUCGCGAAGAGAAUAAUGGAGAACUUACCCUCGUCGAGAGUCCGACAUCAUUUGCUUACCCACCCAUUAAUGGAAUUUUCCGCGAAGAGAAUAAUGGAGAACUUAACCUCGUCGAGAGUCCGACAUCAUUUGUUUACCCACCCAUUUAUGGAAUUUUCCGCGAAGAGAAUAAUAGAGAACUUACCCUCGUCGGCUAUAUUACUCGCGAAAACUAUUCAUUACUCUAUAGGUUCAGCUGUCCUGAAUGUGGUUUGUUAUUCCGCUAUCCGAGCUUUUGGAAUAAUCAUUCAAUAGUACAUACUAGGGAUAAGCGUAGGUCUAAAUUUCGUUUAGAGUUUAUAACCAGUUUUUUAUCCCCAUUAAAAGACUUAAAGGUCUAA